AUGCAAUACGGUCUGUUGAAAUACGAUGAAUGGAAUCAUUUGAUUUGGCUGUACAACUCUAUACACUCUCCAUUAAAGACAGCGUUAACUGGGUCACUGAUUGGAGUUUCUCCAGAAGAUGAUUCUGUAAAGUAUACACACUUUUUUAGUGACAACCAUAAUCCUCAUUAUUUGCCAAAGAAUGAUUUCAAUCAGUACUGUGGUUGUUACAACCACUCUGUCAAUGCACUCGAAGUUUUCGAAAAGCAUCUGCUAGUUUCUAAAAACGAUGAAAUAAUAGUAAUUCCCAAGGCUGGGCAACGUAACUUAAGCCUACUCAAUUAUGAAACACAACACCGGAUAACUAAUGGAGGAUUGCAGCAUAUAACUGCAUCUCUCCUAUCGAGCACAAGUACCAGUUCCACUAUUGUCUUGUCAUCCUUUUAUGAUGAACUAUUUUUUGUGGAUGCAUUUGUUGGGGAAUUAGACGGUGCUAUGAAUGUUACGGAUACUUCCAUUCUCUCUGGAUGUAAAUCUGACAAGGUCACUGUUUUGUCUGAUUUCUCUGGAAGCAGUUCUACCAGUUAUUGUCCACUAUCAUAUUACCUCGAGGCCAAUGAACAGUAUACAAAUAAUUCGUACUCGGAAGAUUCGUAUACAUUAUCCUCUAAGGAGAAUAAUCUUGUGAAAAGGGAUAGUAAAUCUGUUGACUCCAAAACAUCUCUAAAAAGCAUCGCCGAAAAAUAUGGGAGCAUGGAUAAGAUACCAGAGUUCGUACCAAGUACAUACAGCACAUCCUCAAUUGCUACUUCAUUUGAACCAUUGAAUACUGCAAAGACUUCGAACAGUCUGAUAAGUGUUGAAAAGACCAUAGGUGCCCUUUCACUAGAAUGCGCCAUGAAUGAACUCAGACAAUCUGACUUCGUGCAUAACGCAUCUCGUGAUGUUAUAUGUGUAGGAAUGGCUUCUGGCCUUGUUCAUCUGGUGGAUAAAAGGAUUAAUAAGAUAGUAUCCAGUAUAAACAGUCACAAGUCAUCUGUUUAUACCAUUGCGGCAUCUGGGAACACAAUUGCAACAACGGGAUGUCUUUUGUACGGAAACAGCCUUUUAUAUGAGCCUAUUGUUCACAUUCAUGACUUGAGAAUGAACACAAGUAGAGUCAUGUGGCUGGAGAGCGCAGUUUCAAAAGUAUCCAUUGCCCCCAAAAGCGAUCGUUUGUUCGCUUUAAUGCCAGAUGGCAAUAUUUUUGAUUGCAAACUUUCAACGAUGGAGUACAGUAAGAUUCGUAAUGAUAAACACACAAAAUGGCAAUAUUAUGAUAUUGAAGCGGUUGUUCCGAAAAACGGAAAAUUUUGUGAAAUAUACACGUCAAAUGCCGCCUUUUCCACAAAUAAGGUAAUUGUAGAUAACGAAGUCACAGACUAUUUAAAUUAUGAUCAAUCGGAGUUACCGAAAAAAUUCCAGAAAAUACCUCAUUCUAAAUCUAUUUCGUUCAACAAGACACCCUUUGCAUCUGUUGUUGGAACAUUUAGUGGUGAUAUAGUUCAUAUUUAUGUCCAAAUAUUCUUUUUCCUCCCAAUAUUGAAAUCUCUUAGGUGUCAUAUCUGUGAAGUUGGCCAUUGCAUAACUUGCCAGAUUGGGUUUGCUUUGCAUAUGCUUCAGGUAGCCCAUGAAAAUAGAACAAAGGAAGGUUUUUUUGAUGGUUCAGACGAAAUAGAAAGAUACAGCCUUAGCAAGUUAAAUGACGUAUUUCAAGUUACGCAGUUGCAAGAGCUCAUGAUAGUUGAUGAUAAAGAGAUGACACCUCAGACUGUUUUGAAACAUUUGAUAUGGAUCAUAGAGAAAAUGAAUACAGAGCUUGAAAAUUUUUAUGGUACAAAACAUGGAUAUCAGCAGAAUGCUGGCUUGAUAAAGGAUGUAUUUGGGUUUUCCAAAAAAAUUGUUCGAGUUUGUGAAAAUGGUCAUACAAAUACAAGAAUAUCUAGUAAUGAGUUCUAUGUAAAAUAUGAGCAAUUGGAUAAUGAAGAAGGUGUUAGUGAGAAAUCCACUUUUUACUGCGCCCAAUGCUCCAUGGUUAAUAUGAAAUCAUCUAUAACUAUUCACACUAAUCCCAAUCUUCUAAUCGUUGAUUGCACCACUGAGGGGAGUAAAAAAAUUAAAAACUUGAAGAAAGAUAUCAAGUUAAAUGGAGAAAAGUACUCCAUUCACACAGCAGUGUUUUCUGUACCAUCUGAGGAGGCUCCCUUGAGACCAUUGGCAUAUGUCAAGGUACCUCAGAUUUAUGAAACAAAGCACCAAUGGAUGCUCAUAAAUGAUGGUGUUAUUAUGUAUUUGGAUGACAAAGAUGAAGUUUUUGAUUAUACACAUGGGUGGAAGAACUUAAUACUUGCUAUUUACACAAAGCAGGAAAUGGGCACCGUUCGACCGAUAGAGCCAGUUUUAUUAGGUGAACAGACUAUUGUUCCUAUAAAGGGAAGAUUAGUCCCCCUACCAUUACCAAGCGAGGACAAGCCAAUUUCUUCUUCAAUAUUUGUUUCAGAGUCAAAUAUGGCACAUAACCCCGCUGCUCAUGGCAAGACUCCCACAUUUGUACCUCUUUCUCUGGAGGAGCUAUUUGAGAUACACAAUUCGGAAUUUUUUGUAGCACUAGAUGUUGAAUGUGUUAAAUCUAAUAAUGAAAGCAAGCAGAACCGCUUUAACUCGAUAGAAUCAAGCUCCUUGGAUACCUCAGCAGAAGAUGAAAAGACAUUGUAUACACUUGCUAGAGUCACAGCUAUACGGGGAAACGACUAUUUGUCUGGUGUUCCAUUCUUGGACCACUAUGUGCUAAAACGUAAACCCCCAAAAGACUACAUGACAAGGUUUUCCGGUAUCCACAGUGGAGAUUUGGACCUAAAAUCCUCAGUACAUUGGUUAACCACGGAAAAAUCCAUAUAUUUGAAGAUAAGGUACUUGGUUGACGCUGGUUGUAAGAUAAUAGGUCACGGUCUUGUGCAAGAUUUCAAAGUGCUAAAUAUAGCAGUUCCCAGUGAUAAUGUAAUUGAUACAGUCGAACUAUUCAGAAUAAAAGGAAAACGAUACAUCUCGCUUCAGUUCCUAUCGCUAAACUUAUUAGACAAGAAAAUCCAAGAUAAGGAGCACGACUCGAUAGAAGAUGCAAAGGCAGCCUUGGAACUUUAUAGAACAUAUCUAUACUACAAGGGAGUUAACGAGCUAGAGAAUGUUGUGCGAAGGUUGUACGAUAUAGGAUAUACUACAAAUUGGUUGGUGAACUAG